AUGGGAUUUGGGAUCAUCAAGGCUUUCGGCGUUCUCCUUCCACUGAUGGUUGAAAGAUUCAACACAAAUUACGCCACUUUAGGUUUCCUCUGCACUUUACCCGGUUCAAUCAUGCUAUUUUCAGGUCCUUUCGUCUCCUUGGUCCUCCAGAGGGUAGAUCAUCGACUCGUUGCCAUGUUAGGAGGGGUAAUAAGUGCGGUCUGCCUGGUAUCAUGCGGUUUCAUCUCCAACAUUACCGGUCUUGGUAUCACCCUGGCGCUCACAGGCAUUGGCCGAUGUUUUGUCUACCUACCGAUUUCUCUCCUGAUUAACCAGUAUUUCAAAGAGAACUUUGUUCUAAUGAACACCAUAGGAUCAUAUGGUUCAAUUACAGGCGUAAUUUUCCUACCCGUCAUCACUGAGCGAUCUCUAGAAGCGUACGGUUACUGUGGAGUUUUCAUGAUUCUUGGAGCAAUCAUGUUUCAUAAUGUUGCAGGGGCAGCGGCCAUUCGGAAACCAGUCUUCAGCGUGAAAGAUAACACCACUGGACAAAGUGGUAGUGAUCAAGAUCCGUCGGAGGAUGACGGCGAGGAAGAUGGUAUAGAAGGAGGUGAUCAAAUGACCACAUUGAAAGAUGAAUCGAGAAAUGAUAUGGUCCAGGCCCAGGCAGAAAGCCGUUUUCACACCAAGGAAAACUCUGAAAAUACGGACACACAAAAUGCUGCAAUCGAAGUAAUUGCUUUUUUAAUAUCCGAUGAGGAUGCAGGGAUUUUAAAUGACGAUAAUAACUGUAAGGAGCACGUUCCUUUGCUAAAAAGUGCAUUUGAUCAUCCUGGUGAAGUGGAUGAUCUUCCUAAUGCCCCCAGAUCUGGUCAAAAUGUCCGCACAUCAUUUAUAUCUCGCUGCAAACUGUUUAUGACAAAGGAAACUCUGUUCCUAAUGUGCCUCCCAGCGACUUACUUUCGUGCCUAUUCGUUUGAAUCCUGGGCGUUGUACCUAGUGCCUCACGCAGAGCAGAUAGGCAUCACCCCAUCUCGAGCUGUCUUCUUGUCUUCAAUCGGUGGAAUCAGUGGGAUUAUAGGCAGGACAAUUGCAGUCAUUCUCCUCGUUAAGAAAGUACACAUGCUCAAAAUCUACAUUAUCGCCGGUUUUAUUACCACCCUGUCAUUUUUCUUGGAUUUUGUUGGCGAAUCAUUCAUGAUUCGUUCAGUUUGGGCAUUUCUUCAGGGCCUCUGCUUUUUUGUACUGGAUACUGCAGACCCAACUUUUCUUAAAUUGACGUUGGUAGAUGAAAGCAACUUCAGCUUCGGCCUUGGACUGGUGAUGUUAAUGAAAGGUUCUGGUAAUGUCUCGGCAGGGUUAAUCACAGGAGCUUUGCUUGACGUCAUCCAGUCUUAUACCAUCGUCUUCAUGAUGAUUGGAAUCCCUGUUUUGUUCUUCACCAUUAACACUGUAGUCAUAUCGGUACUGUUAAACAGAAGAGUCAAGUCCAAACACGUUUAACAUCGCUCCAGGCAUGAUUGAUUGAAACGAAUCCUCUCUUCACCCAGGAGCUUUGUUUGACGUCAUCCAAUCUUAUACCAUCGUCUUCAUGGUCACUGGUAUACUUGUUGUGUCAACUCACCAUUUCGUUUUAGUCGUAUCGGAACGGUUAAACAAGAGAGUGAUUUUUUUUUUUAAAGUUUAGCAUCGCUGAAAGUUAGAUAGUGUUUUUAUU